AUGGAAGCAUCUUAUGACCGAAUAUUUUCCAUUGAAAUGUUUGAGCAAAUGAAGAACUACGAGGAUCUUCUUCAGAAGAUAUCUAGGUGGAUGAAACCAGAUAGUCUUCUUUUUGUUCAUUAUUUCUGCCAUAAAUCAUUUGCUUACCACUUUGAGGAUGUCAAGGAUGACGACUGGAUUACUAGGUACUUCUUUACCGGAGGUACAAUGGCUUCUGCAAAUCUGCUUCUUUAUUUUCAGGAUGAUGCUUCUGUGGUCAAUCAUUGGCUUGUCAUUGGGAAGCAUUACGCACAGACAACAUAA